AUGACCAGCAGCAAUGUCCGGAACAGCUCCACCCAUUCGACGGCCUCCACCCUUAGACCUCGCACAAAGCGCCUCAUAUCCGGACUCGACGAGGGUGACGAGACCGCCUUCGACCCCAUCAAUGCCAGAAGCACCCGCGUAGCAUCACCUUUACCUUCACCCUUUGAUAGCCGAUCAGCCUCACUCAUACCUUCAGCACAUCCACAGCGAACGGGUCCGACGUACCAAAGGAAACAUGCUGUCCGAAGCACUGGAUCGCCGACUCGAGCCGGAUCUGCCAGACAAAGGAAGUCCGGAGCUGACUCGCCUAACCCAUUGGCGGGACUAUGGGGUACUUCGUGGAGUACACUGCAAGGCAUAGCAUCCGACUUUCUGGGGAGUGACCUGUCCUCGAAUGAAGGGUCGAGCCAGCCGAGAGCCAGGCGACCUCUAAGCCGGCUGGAUAGUCAGCGGACAGGGUCAUCCAGCGCACCUCCGAGUCAAUGGGGACCCUCGAUACCGACAUCGCAUCCUCAAGGCAGCGACAUAGGAGUUGGGUCGAGAGACGAACAGUUGGCAGCAUUACGAGCGCAAAAGAGGAAGGAUAUGUUGACACGGCAGGAGAGCAGCUAUCCAGAUGCUCUGGGCAAGUUCAAGCGGAGGCUGUCUGAUGAUCGAAACUCGGCGUCAGCACCGCCUGGCGACAAUGAGGAUCGGGAAGCUUUGGUGUAUUUGCACCAUGUGAAGAAGAGCGACACAGUGGCGGGGAUUACAAUCCGAUACAACAUAGCCGCAAAUGCAUUGCGCAAGGCGAAUAGAAUGUGGCCGAACGAUGUUGUGCAGGCGCGGACUACAUUGAUACUGCCGGUGGAUGCGUGUGGUGUUAAGGGCAGACGUGUGUCAAGUGCAGAAGGAGAUCUGGACCUGCUGGGGUCGGAGAGUGAAGCAUUGUCUUCGAUGCAGGCGGAAGAAGUGCCUACUCCCACGGCAGCAAUUCCGAUCCCGAAUGGCACAGCGGGGCGAGGAAAUAGAGAUCGCACAAACUCGACAUCGACACACACGACCUCCGCCGAUGGCUCUGUCAUUGAAACGGAACCUCCUUGGCAACACGAUUCUUGGGUUAUGCUACCAGGUGACAGCAAGCCUACCGAAAUCGCACGCUUACCCCGAAGAGCACUGGGCUAUUUUCCUCCAGCGAGACGGAAAAGCAACUCAUACUCUGAUCUCGACACACCAUCAACGUCGCUGGACCUCGCACGUUCGAAUACGAAUGAUCACAAUCCAGCAUCGUCACCGCAUCGAUCGACUCCACUUCGACGCACGCACGGUCGACGAGCUAGCAAUGCUAUGAAUGGCUACUUUCCCAACUACCUGGCCGGGCCAGGUGGUGUAGGCAGCAUGGGAAGGAACGUACACUUCCCUGGUCCCGCUCAGGAUGGUCUCAACAAGAUGUUCGCGAAACACUUACCAGACGUCGCGCCACCACGGAAUCAACAAUCUCUCUAUCAACCUGACUUACCUCUCUACACCGACGACGCAACACCAGCCGCAUCCGGCAAUGCUACACCAGCAUACCCCACUGGUCCUAACCUGAAUCUGAACCUCGAGAAUGUGGGCAGCGUUAUCGAAUCUUGGGUACGCCGUCUAGCGACCAAAGCUGUGCACACCCCUUCAGACCGCCAACAAGCUGCAAGAGCUUCUGUCGGCACACCAGGGAAAGGUGCCGGCGGAAUCGGAGAUCUGAUCGAAAUGACAGAUGAGUUUGAAAUCGGUGAUGAUGAAGAUGAGGAUGACAGAGGCAGAGAAGGAUUGCUUGCCCAAGCACCUGCAGUGGGUGUGUUUGCGAGUUCUGCUACGAGCUAUUUCGAUGGCGCCUCUGCGAGGGGGAGGGGGAAGAGUGGGAAGAAGGAUUGA